GUCCUAUCGAAACUGUGAUACUAUAUUCACUGAGUCCUAAGAAACAAAUAAGAACCUAAAUUUAUGUACUCCACCAAUUAAGAAAAUAUUCUAGAGUAAUGAGAUAACAUUUCCAUCAACUUUUCACUAAAGCAACUUUUAAACUCCAUAAACAAAAAAUAUUUCUGUAUGCAAUUCAGAACAAAAACCCUUUUUAAAGUUCUCAUCACAGAAUUCAAUCGGAAAUAUUAAUAACUUAGCAUAAAAUUUGUUUAAAACCAAUGCUAGCAAUUAAAAAUAAGAGUAUGUAUCAUAUAUCACUUAUAAUCACAAUACGAUAAAGAAUUAUAUUUUAAAUUCAAAUAUCAUAUUCAAAAUAUAAACUUAAUAAAAUUUAUUUUAUUAAUUAAAUUUUAUUAUAGGAUUGAAGAAGCUAAGCCUUGCAAUUGUAAGAAAAGUAAAUGCCUGAAAUUAUAUUGCGAUUGUUUUGCAGCUGGUAAAUUAUGCUCCUCAAAGUGCAAUUGUUGUGGUUGUUUUAAUAACAGUUCAAAUCUAUUAGAGAGAAAUCAAUUUAUUGAGAAAAUGGUAGAAAGGAAUCCAGAAGCAUUCAAUUAGAAGGUCAAAGAAGUUGAUUACAAAUUGGCACAUUCUAAAGGAUGCAAUUGCAGAAAGAGUGGUUGCAAAAAGAAAUAUUGUGAAUGUUACUAAUUGGGUAUAGAGUGUUCAGACAAUUGUAAAUGUGAUGGAUGCUAAAAUUGUUCCUCAAACAAAUUGGUGAAAAUCUUCACUUAAUAAGACAUUUCACAAAUUUCCAGAUAACUUAAAUAGUUAAGUCAACCAUUUUGAAAUAAUAUUAAUAAAAACUAUAAUAUUAUACAUAAUUCACUC